AUGCCUUUCCUGUACCCCUCAUACGUUCAAGAUGCCAAAGACCCGUCAAAGCUGGAACUUUUCGCUAUGCUAUACUACGACGCAAGUGCCGACCUUGCGAAGGUCUCCGACAUCUCUGCCGAUGCUCUCGCAGGCCUGCACUCUUUCGAGGAGACGACAGACGGUCUCCGUUCGUUCACGGACCCCGGAACACACCUAAGUGUAUACGAGCUCCAAGAACCCAUUGAGGGUCUGAAGUGUGAAGGUACCCCCAUGAAAGUCGGAACCCUUCACUACGCAUGGAAAAAACAACAUCGCUUCUUCACACGAGAGCUGUUGUCGCUUCAAGCAAAAAUAUGCAUUCCUCAAGCUCCCCUUGGUCUAUACAAUGUAGAAAACCUUUUUGUGGUUUGCCGUCACAAAUAUCAGUGUCGAGAUGUUAUACCGCCCGGGAUGCAACGUCCACAGCAGCAGCUGAUGGCUGAGCUUCAGGACCUGCUGCUGAAGUCAUCAUCCCCUACAUUCUUUAUCAAAGUAUGGCGGUCACAAAUCGCGAUCUGUGCUGGCAUGUUCCCCUCACAUAUCGUGAUCCAAGAGCUGGCCGAGUACCUCCCGUUCCCCUGCCCCUCUGACUCCGAGGCGACCCUGCUUCGCUUCGCCCGUAACCUUUCUAUCAUCUAUGCCUCGAUCUCAACCCGUACGGCAUCGCAGGAGCAAAUGCGGCUCCGCCUGUACCCCACCAAGACCGACUACUUGCGCGCGGACGGCACGCGCGCGAGCUUCGACACCCUGGGGCCUGAGGAAGGCCCGUGCACCACGUUUCUCGCCCGCGAGCACCCUUGCGGCCACUUCAUUGUCGUUAAGGUCCUCCGACGUGCGUACGGCGGAGUGGCGCACCGACUACUUGCCGACCACAAGCUAGCCCCAGCGCUGACCUACAACGGCCCUCUAUGGGAGUGGGGCAACGAGCCAGAGUCUGCCGAGUACACAUCACCAAGGAUGGUCAUCAUGGAAUACGUCAAAGGCCCCACUGUCCAUGACCUCGACCUCACAAAUUCGGCUGUGCGCGACGCGGUGCGCGAGCGUGUGCGCAAUGCUCUUUCCCUCUUACACGGUCACCAACCACCGCUCGUCCAUGGUGACAUACGCCCGCCGAAUAUCGUCGUUGCCGAACCCUCCGGAGUGGCAUCAAUUACGGAGGGUGUACGGAUCAUCGACUUCGACUGGGCGGGCGAGGAGGGUGUGGUGUGCUACCCUGAUGAACUCAACAUGGACCAAAUUGCAUGGGCAGCGGGCGUGAGCCCCAGUACAAAAAUUCUCGGCAAGCAUGAUUUGGAUAUGCUUACGGUGAUGCUGCCAUCUAGGUAG